AACCACAAUGGUCUCACACACUGCAGAUAGUCAAUAAAAGGACCACCUCCUAUCCUCUCAAUUAUCUAGUUUUCCAUCCAUCUAUCAUCUUCUGUAGCUCGUUAAUACGCCGCGCACAGCAGUCCUCAGCACUGCCUAGCAUCGCUAGUGCCACAGUGCGACAGUUAUGAGCCCGGGCAGCGUCGAAAUUACGAGCUACAAGCAGAUUCCUGAUCCAUAUGGCUGAAUGAUCAGACAUGCACAGAGAGCAAGUUAAGACUCCAUUCAUCUGAGGCGACAGUGCUGCGAGAGACGUCUCGCGGUUCCGCAACACCUACCUAUAGACCAUGAUUCAUAGGAGGUCGUUGACGAUGCUCAGCAUCAGAAGGGCUAGGAAGACUAGUAAGCUGCCAAUGACCCUGAUGAAGUGUAAACCGGCAUCUCGAAGCCUAUAUCUCCUCAGCAUAUAUAACAGAAGACCAAGCCAGCAGCGAGCAACUUGACUACGCACAGAAGCGAGGCACCAUGGCUGAUCACCUGGAUAAGGCCUUCAGCGAGCAAGUCAGCAACUGCAUGCGCUAUUUUUCAACCAUUCAGCUGUUGCCAACAAGGCACUGCUAAAGGUUAAACAAAGCAAGGAGAUACCUUGUAAAGCUCCAGCGAUAUCGCUCAGAGAGAAGCGAGCAAGAUAAGUCGCUAGGAAUGCUUUACAUAGCAAGGAUACUCAGCUAAGUUCUCUAAAAAGACUGCUUAUCAGUACACUUGAAGCAAUUGUACAAGCAAUCGCUAACUGUUUAAGCAAGAAAUCAAGCAAAUAAUCAAGCCAAAACAAUGGCGAUUACAGCAUCUAAGGUUCCGCAGCUCAGUACACCACAGGACUGGAUACAAUGGUUCAGCAUGGUGAAAACAACUGCAAUGGAUCAAGAUGUGUGGUCCUACUGCGACCCUGAUAAAAGCAAUGAGCUAGUUCAGCCAGGCGAUCCAAGUCAGCUAACAGCUACCCAAGAGCGGCUGUAUACGCUUAAGAUCAACGAUUACGAGCGGAAGCGGAAAGGACUAGCCAAAGUCAAUGCGACCAUCCAAGGCACAGUUUGCGAGGACUACCAAACCUACCUUGAAGAUGCCCACACACCUAGGCAGCGGCUUGCUAGACUUCGUACAGCAAUCAAGCCAUCAACUAGGCAAAUAGAAGACUCCGUGCGAGAGGAGUAUGACAGCUUGAUCAAAGGCCCCAAGCGCAAUAUAAUUGAUAAGUGGCUUAAUCGAUGGAUCGCUCUCGCACCCCGCCUAAGGGCAUUGAAAAUCCUGAACCUAGGCGAGGCACAAGCAUGCAGAGGCUUUAUCUAA